CUUGUCACAUUUAUGAAAGUUAUGACAACAAAACAAUCUUAAAAUCAAGAUCUUCUUCUUCUUAAAAAAAAGUACUCUGAAACUCUAAUAAAAUGAAUCAAAUGAACAUGCACGUGCCAAUGAACCCUGUGGGGGCGAAUCCUAACGUAGGGAUGCAAGGAAUGCCGGUGUCCGUUUCAAUCAUGCCCGUCGCUUCGCCCCAGCAGAUGCAACCAGUAAUGGCUCCUCAACCUCCUCAGCAGGAUAAAAUGGACAAUAUAUCCAAAGUUAAAACAUUAAUGGGAUCUCUUCGUGAAUCCCUGCCGAUGACAUUAAAAUCAGCGGCUCAAAUAUUGCAUCUCAAUUACAACAUAGACUCAAAUACCCAAAAAGGCAUCGAUAAUCCUGUACCGAGAUUUGACAAGAAUUUAGAGGAGUUUUUUUCACUUUGUGAUCAAAUGGAGUUACAUUUAAGAACAGCGAUAACCUGUAUCCAACAAGCACAGUCUGCAGCUCAUUAUUUACCUUUGACCGUCAUACCUUCAAGAUUGGACUCCGGACCUACGACACAGGAAACAACACUGAGCUACCCUCAAUACCUCAACACCGUGCGUCUUCAAAUAUCAUACGCUAAGGACAUCCACGACACACUGGUCGCCGCAGCACAGAACAUAUCCCCGACGGAAUAAUAAACAAACCAUAGACAAAAAAUAAUAAUUUUAUUUGUACUAUAAUAAUUAUCAUUAAAACGAAAUUACAUGA